AUGUCUGCGGCGCAAGCAGAGGACGCUGAAAACUCCCAAGUUCAGCUGCUCAAGGAACUGCUCUUGCAGCAGACCCGCCGUUCCGAGCAACUGGGCCAGCAGGCGGCCGCCCGGGAUUGGGAGCGAUGGGAACUGCUGCAGCUGUUGCGUCAGAAAGACGAACAGCUGGAGUUUGAGGAGAGCACUGCGGCAAAGCAGCGCGUAGUGCUAAACUCAGCCCGUUCCAGUGCUCGCCACUACCGGGCCGUGUGCUGCCUGCGUGCCUGGGCCAACCACGUGCAGCAGCUUUGCGCCGAGCGGGCCCUGCUGCGAGCCAGGAACAGGCUCACCGUCGGGCGAGCGCGCCAUGCUGGCAGCCUUCUUCGGAGUGUUCUAAAACAUUUGGUGGAGCGGCAGCUGGGCUUUGCGCUCCACCGGCUGUGGCUGCGAAGAGCGGCCCCGGAUGUUCGCCCUUUGCCCGAUCCAGUCUUCUCUACACCUGUCAAGCACGCAGAAGGCAGGUUGAGAGGUCGGCCGCCGCCGUCCUGGGAUCCCAGCCCGCGUCCGUUGCCGCGGAUGCCGGGCUCGGACCGCCGGUUGAAUGCCAGCAUGAGUGAGAUCUCCACGGAGAUCCCCAGCGUGCUGCUGGAGAGCGGCCAGAGGAGUAGUGCCAGCAGCGUGUGCGCGGCUGAAGCCAGCGCGCCAAGGAUGCAAUGCGCCGGGGCUGCCCAACUGGCCAUCAGCCUGCAGCGGAGCGUGGCUCGCCGGCUCUUCUGGUCCUUUGCUCGCUGGACUAGGGGGCAGGAGGUGCUGGACAGCCUUUUGUCGCCGCGGUCGCAGCGGGAGCUGCAGGGCCUGGAGCUGCAGGGUUUCGAGCGCCGCUGCGAGGUGCUGGAGCGCCGCUGUGCCGAGCAGGCUGGCUGGCGCGGCGAAGCGGAGCGGCGCAUCAAGCAGCUGGCGGCGUCCGGCGAGCGCGUGGAGCGGGAUCGGCGGGCCCGGCCCAGCGAGCUGACCGAUGCUCAGCAUGAGGAGAGAGCCCGUGCUGAACAAGCAGAGGCUCUGCGGGACACCUUGGAGCAGGAGGAGCAGCUCGGGGAGCUGCUGCGCGCCAGGCUUUGGGCGCUGGAGCAGGACAAUGAGCUCAUGACCAAAGAGGUCGAAGCUGAAAAGAUGCUCUCCAUGGAAGGCGAGGAGCAGUUUCAUCAGCAGCUGGCUGCGUUCAACAUGGAGCGCUCGGAAUUGGUGGCAUCCAUCCACUCAGCAAAAGCGGCACAGGAGGCCUCAGCCCAGCAAGUGGCCGACAAAGUGAGGCGCUCGCUCCUGGAGGCGUGGGGCCGCGACCGAGGAAAGUGGGCGCAGGAACGCGCAGACCUCAGCGCAACCGCUGCAAAGGCCAGCGAAGAAGCGAAGUUUGCGCAAGUGGCUGCCAUCAAUGCGGAAGCCGAAGCAGCUGCCAAGGUGCGCUGGGCAGCUGGCGAAGCCAAAGAGGUUGCGAAAGCAGAGCUUCGCGGAGAAGAGCAUUUGUGCACCCAGCUUGCUGCAGAAUUGCGCGAGCGGAUCAGUCAGGCCCCUGGCCCGCGGCUUCGCGGCGGAGGCCGCGAAGACCACCGCCAGUGGGAAGGUCUCGCAGGUGAUUGGGGCGGUGGUGGACGUGCAGUUUGA